AUGCGUAUGCUAGGAAGGAUCCGAAGAGACGAAAAUGCGAACAAUGCAAAUGAACUAACGACGACAAUUGAUUUUGAUGUCAAUGAGACAACAACCCAACAAAUCGUUGACGAAGUACUCAGGAACGAGCCAGAUAGUAUUGAAAAUGCACAAUCGCCCUUCACCACGGUUUCUGAUAUGCAGUCAUUCGAAAAAAACCAGAAAAUAGCAGGAAUUAUGGGAUCAUCGUUGGAGAAAAAAAUAGCACUGGCAUUACUUUGGAUAUCACCUGGUAUUGGAACGUUUUUAGGGACACUUCCAUCAAUAUGGUUUUUACGUGCGAUUGGUGAACGCUAUUUGUUUGCGGGAAGUCUGUUCCUUUCUGCAGUAGCCACUUCCUUGAUGGCAUUCAUGCUGGAUGAUGAGUGGAAUCAACUUGCAAUAGCUGCUCUACGAUUCGUUCAAGGCGUUGCAUUCUCGAGUGCAUUCCCUAUCAUGGGCUCAGUAUCAGCUAAUUGGGGCACUCUCAAAGAGCAGUUCCUCUUGCUUGCGUGCAGUAUUUUCUUUAUUGAAUCCACACCAGCGUUAAGUUGGCCAAUUUGUGCACGCUUCAUCGAAUACGAUUAUAAGUUACCUUAUUUCAUUCACUCGACUGCGACAUUUAUUUUUGCUUUCAUAUGGGCCGUAUUCUAUCGUAACAGACCACAAUAUCAUCCGUGGGUUAACGGAUUAGAACUGAAUAAAAUUGUUUCUGGGAAAGUGGGGGCGUUUAAUAAUCGUGCCUUGGAAGACCAACCAUUUCAUGUUCUGUUGAAAUCGGUGCCUGUAUGGGCGAUAUGGAUGGCGUCAUUUGGUUUUUUCAUCAUCAGCACGUUGCUGUCACAGUUUCUUCCGACUUAUUUUUCUAUUGGUCAUGAUAUUCUAAGCUCUCCAACUGAAUGGCGUCCCACAGUUUUGGUAUGUGCUGCGUUAUUACUUAUUUGUGCGACGAUAUUCGGCUUCUUGGCCGAUGUCAAAGCCGAGAAAUGGGCCAAACAAAGUUGGGAUCCAUCAGCUGCACGGCGCAUGAUAAAUGCCGAACAAAUUGACUAUCAUUACGAUGAAUGCGGCAUCAUAGAAAUGCGUUCAUUAAGUCAAUAA